UGAAAUUGGACGGUUUGUCUGUCAAGUCGCCUAUUUUUACUCCUGACGGCCAAUCACUUAUAUGGCUCCAAAGAAAAUCGGGAGGACCUCAUGCUUCAGCAAUGGCAUUGGUUAAGGCUGAUCUUCCUCUAACAAAAUAUACUGUACCACAAGUUAUUGUUGACAUAGUAGAAAAAGAAAUUAAAAUACACAAUGGGGAUACUUUUUAUGGGUUAUAUAACACUGGAUUUCCAGAAAGGCCUUGGGCAAGCGGAAACAGGCUAUUAUUAAAUACAAAUCAAAAAUACACAAUAAAUUCGUAUGUAAUCGAUAUCGAGAGUGGACAUGUAACGAAUUUGAAAUUUAUCGAUGGAAGUCAAACUGUCGCUGAUGUAUACGGCGAUACAGUGCUAGCGGUGCAGAGUAACUAUUUCAUGCCAGAUAAAUUGGUUAUUGGUAAAUUACCCAGGGCCGGUAGUGAAUCGCUCAUAUCGUGGACAGACCUUACCGCCACUACAGACUUAAGUGGUCCUGAAAAUUGCUUUUACGUCUAUCUGGACUUGUCAGCAAGUUCUGUAAGCGACACUGUUAGGUCUUUCAACGCGAUAUAUGUUGGACCUAACGAGAGAACUGAAAAGUAUGUACCGUUAAUAGUUUGGCCACACGACGGACCUCACUGUGCCUUUGCGAAUUUUUGGAUGAUGGAAGUAAUACUGUUUGCUAGAUUCGGUUUCGGAAUUCUAUUCAUUAACUACAGAGGCUCGAUCGGUUCCGGACAAAGUAGUGUUGAAUUUUUGUUGGGAAAAAUUGGAAGGUCUGACGUGGCCGACUGUAUAACCGCAAUAGACAAGGCACUCGAAACUUUGCCCUGUCUUGAUCCCUAUAAUUUAGCCCUAUUCGGGGGUUCGUAUGGAGGUUUCCUCGUUACCCAUCUCAGUGGACAAUACCCAGAAAGAUUCAAUUCCGUCGUGGCUCAUAAUCCUAUUAUAGAUAUGGCUUCCAUGAAUUUAAUGUCUCAUAUACCCGACUGGUGCUAUGUAGAAGUCGGCGUAGAAUACACCCAACGGGGUAAAAUCGAUAAUGAUAUUCUAAUUGCCAUGAGAAAGGCAUCCCCCAUCGUGCAUGCACAUAAAGUUAAGGCGCCGACAUUGCUGCAAAUUGGUACGAAAGACCUAAGGGUACCUUCGCAUCAGGGAACUGAAUAUUAUUUGCGACUUAAAGCUAACGGAGUGCAUACCAGGAUGAACUUGUAUGAUGGUGACCAUUCCUUGGGAAUUGCUUCAAACGAGGAUGAUAUCGUAAUCUCUUUGCUUUGGAUUAUGAAACAUGAAGCAGAUAAUUUUGUAAAUGGAGUACACAGGUUAAAUCUUGCUUAA